AUGCUCGAAAACCUGUUAACAGAAAAGUACAGACCCAAAGAGAUUGAUAACGUAGUCGGAAACCAAGAGACGAUAAAAUCCAUACAAAGCAUCUUGAAUGCCAAUUCUAUGCCACAUUUACUAUUUAACGGGCCAUCUGGCACCGGUAAAACUACAGUGGCCAAAAUAAUUGGCGAAAAAAUCGUAAGCGAUAAAAAGCAUGUUUUAGAGUUGAAUGCAAGUGAUGAAAGAGGGAUAGACACCGUAAGAACAACCAUAAAAAACUUUUCGAUGCGACUGAGCACGGGUCUUAAGGUCAUCAUCUUAGAUGAGUGUGAUUCUAUGACGGUUGCUGCGCAACAGGCGAUGAGAAGAACCAUGGAAAUGUGUACCGGGGAUUGCAGGUUUAUUCUUGUGUGUAAUAAUAUCCAAAAGAUAUCAGAGCCUAUUCAAAGUCGAUGUGCCAUAUUCACGUUCAACAAAAUAAAAAACGAAGAUAUGAAAACCAGAUUGAACGAGAUUGUAGCCAACGAAAACUUGAAUUUAUCGGAAGAAGCGCUAAAUACCAUCUUGUUUCUAUCAGACAGUGAUAUGCGGCAGGCGAUAAACAUUCUGCAAUCCGCUCUCUACUCAAAACAAGUGGAUGAGAAUGCAAUUUUAAAGAUAACUGGACAGCCUUCGCCUAAGCUAAUAGAAAACAUCAUAAUUUUACUCCUUAAGAAUAAAAUGGCAGAGGCGUUGAGUAAAUUUGACUGCAUUUGGGAGGAUGGUUAUGAUCCCCAAGAUUUGUUGGUGUCCUUUUUUCGGGUAGCCAAGAAUAUGGACAAUUACGAGAUUUUGAAGUGUAUUUCAAAAUAUCAGCUGAGAUUAUUCGAAGGCGUAGGGUCAAAAUUGCAGUUCUACUCGCUCCUGCGUGAUAUUUCUUUCGUUUGAUUAAACCAAUGCUGCCA